AAAUUGUAUAGCGCCACCAACAGUUUUCAUUGAUAACAGGCGCUGUGAUUGGUCGAGGCCAGGUUAAAAGAAACAUCGCGGAUAUUUUCAACGAAGGUUGCAUUUUAUCAAGUUACAGGAAAGAAGUCGAUUAAUAAAGCACGAAUAUUUUGAUAAAAAAUGGCCACGUCACUUAUUCAACCAUUCGUUGACCAAGAAAAUCCAUUGGCGAACACAACCAGUAAAAAAUCAAGUUCAGUAUCAUCAUCUAAGCCUAUAGCUGGGAAGACGUUCUCAUCUGCAUCGACCCCUAUGCUUACACCACGUCAAGCUCUUGGUAACAUAAGCAAUGACCCAGUUCGUCGUGCGCUGGGAAAUGUAACAAAUACGAUGAAGCGGCCUAGUCUGAGUAGUACAGUCAAGAAGGGACUAGUCGAUAAGAACAUUCAAUUGAAGAAAUCAACUAUGACCCCAGGCACACAGUCAUCCAGAAAACUCAAGACCAAAGCUGUAGAUGCCAGCAAAUCUGCAAAAAAAGACUCUCUACAUCCAAUUGAAACCAUGCACAUAUACGAAGAUAGGUUGACAGAUUGUGAGGUCACGUUGCCUGUUGAAGAUUGCCUGUCCAACUUAGAUUGUCUUUUCACCAGUCGAACCCCUCUGCUUCACUACCCAGUGCGUGAUGUGGAUGACAUUAUACCAGACUUUUCUCAUUUGACCAUCACUCCAGUACAAAGGCCUGAGUCAGAACCAAUAGAGUUUCACCCAGGCUCUAGAUCGCAGCUUUCUGACCAGCUCCUGAACCUGCCUCCCGUCGAUGAAGUUGACUUCCUCAACAUCAACUCAAUCCUCAUGAAUUUGUAGGCCUAGCAACGCUCCUAUGUAAAUCGUCUAGCAUCUAACAACAACAUAAAUAAGGCCUAACAUGACAUUGCAAUGAUAAAUUUGUGACUUAAGAUCACGUUAUAAAUUCAAUAUAAGCACACAGAUCUGUCAAUUAUAAUAUAUUGUAUUUUAUAACAUAUUUGUCUUACAAAAGGUGGUAAAUGAUGUUAAAGAUGCAAAUAUAUUUUCUUAAUAUUUUGUACUCCUCUUAUCUAUAGAGAUCAUUUAUGUAUUUUGACUUGCUCUGUAAAUGUUGUACUUUAUAUUGUAAACUCAUUGGUAGUUUAGUUUUGUGUCAUUAUCAUGUUAUUUCUUUGUAAAAUUUGUAAAUAAAGUGAAUUGUUUGGAAUAAAUUA